UUUUUUUUUUAGGAUUACACACUUAAAAGUUAAAGUUUGCUUCUAAAUCGUCCCUCCUUUUACUUACAGAGCAUUGACUUGAGAUGCAAGAAACACAUUAUUCCGUUUAAUCGUCUUUUUUUUUUCUUUUUUCUUCUUUUGCUCCCGUUUGGUUUUCACGUUGAAACAAUGGAGAGAGUGAGCUUUGAAUUACCGGACUAUCAUCACUCAGACAGAGAGGCUGAGAAGAGCAGCGAUGUAGUUCCGUUGACCAACGAAAACCUGGAGAUGGAAAACCUUAGAAACACGGCGGUGGAUGAAGAAUCGAGCGUGAAGGAAGAUACGGAGCUGAUGACGCAGAAACGAAACGGUCGGGUGAAACUUACUAACAAGCUCAAACGCUUGAAAUCAUCUGUCUUUGGAGAAAGCAAGCCAACUGGCUUGGACCGUUCAAAGUCAACGGCUGGUCGGGCUUUGAAAGGGCUCAAGUUCAUCAGUAAGACCGACGGUGACGCUGGCUGGAGUGCCGUGGAGAAGCGGUUUCUUAAGAUCACGGCCACCACUGGUGGAUUGCUACUUCGGUCAAAAUUUGGUGAAUGCAUAGGGAUGAACUCAAAGGACUUUGCUUUGGUAUUGUUCGAUGCAUUAGCUAGAAGACAGGGUGUGACAGGGGAUGUGAUUGAUAUGGACCACUUGAAGGAAUUUUGGGAACAAAUAAGUGACCAAAAUUUUGAUUCCAGGCUUAUGACAUUUUUUGACAUGAUGGAUAAAAACGCCAAUGGUAGACUGACGGAAGACGAAGUUAGAGAGAUCAUCAACCUUAGUUCAUCUGCCAACCAUCUGUCAUCUAUCCAGAAAAAGACUGAUGAAUAUGCAGCAAUGAUCAUGGAAGAGCUUGACCCUGAUCAUAUGGGGUACAUCAUGGUGGACAGUCUUAAGAGAUUGCUUCUACAAGCGGAAACACAAUCUGUAAGCACAAUUAGUGAAGACAAAAAGGAACUGAGCGACAUGUUAAGUGAGAGUCUCAAGCCUACGCGUGACCCUAAUCCGUUGAGGAGAUGGUAUCGUCGACUUAGAUUUUUCAUACUGGAUGGCUGGCAAAGAAUGUGGGUGAUCGCGCUAUGGCUCACCAUUAUGGCCAUCCUCUUCACGUACAAGUAUAUCCAGUACAAGAAUCGAGCUGUGUAUGAGGUGUUGGGGCAUUGUGUGUGCUUGGCCAAAGGUGCAGCAGAGACGCUGAAGCUAAACAUGGCCUUGAUUUUGUUACCUGUAUGCAGAAACACUAUCACGUGGCUUAGAAAUAAGACUAGGUUUGGUGUUUUUGUCCCUUUUGAUGACAACAUCAAUUUUCAUAAGGUUAUAGCGGUGGGAAUUACGGUAGGAGUAGUCAUACACGCCGUGGCCCAUUUGGCUUGCGAUUUUCCACGGCUAAUCGCGGCAACUCCCGAAGAAUACAUGCCUCUCGGAAAGUUCUUCGGGGAGGAGCAACCGAAGAGAUACAUGCAUUAUGUGAAGUCAACAGAAGGAAUAACAGGACUCGUAAUGGUUCUCUUGAUGGUUAUUGCUUUUACACUGGCUCUGCCUUGGUUUAGGCGGGGGAAGCUAGAAAAAAGGCUUCCUGGGCCACUUAAGAAAAUCGCGAGCUUCAAUGCCUUCUGGUACACUCACCAUUUGUUCGUUGUAGUCUACAUUCUCCUUGUCCUUCACGGAUACUACUUGUACCUCAGUAAGGAAUGGUACAAGAAAACGACGUGGAUGUACUUGGCAGUACCAGUAGCUCUCUAUGCAUGCGAGAGAUUAAUACGAGCAUUCAGGUCCAGCAUCAGGACAGUAAAAGUUCUUAGGGUAGCGGCUUAUCCUGGAAAAGUAUUGACUUUGCAAAUGUCAAAGCCUAAAAAUUUCAAAUACAUGAGCGGUCAAUACAUGUUUGUAAACUGUCCAGCAGUCUCACCGUUUGAGUGGCAUCCAUUUUCAAUAACUUCUACACCACAAGAGGACUUUCUGAGCGUUCAUAUAAAAUCACUAGGAGAUUGGACAGAGGCUAUCCAAGGAGUCUUCUCCGAGGUGUCUAAGCCAUCUCCGGUCGGAGACACAUUGCAUGGUGCAAAUAGUCCCGGUUUCCCCAAAAUCAUGCUUGAUGGUCCGUACGGCGCACCAGCUCAAGACUACAAGAAGUACGAGGUGGUUUUGCUGAUCGGCCUUGGCAUUGGAGCCACCCCGAUGAUCAGCAUUAUCAAGGAUAUUAUCAACAAUACGGAGACCAAAGAACAGCUCAGCCGAAUGGAGAAGGGAUCGCAACAGGAGCCACACGUUAAGAAAGAAACUUUCAAAACGCAAAGGGCUUACUUCUACUGGGUAACAAAGGAGGAGGGCACGUUUGAUUGGUUCAAAAACAUCAUGAACGAAAUCGCGGAACGGGACAAAAGCAAAGUCAUAGAACUACACAAUCAUUGCACUAGUGUUUACGAAGAAGGAGACGUUCGUUCCGCGCUCAUAAGGAUGCUUCAGUCUCUAAACUAUGCCAAGAAUGGUUUAGACAUUGUUGCUGGGACAAGGGUCAUGUCCCAUUUCGCCAGACCUAACUGGAAAAACGUCUACAAACAGAUAGCUAUGGAUCACCCUGGCGCUAAUGUUGGAGUGUUCUAUUGUGGAGCACCGGUAUUGACAAAGGAAUUAAGGCAUCUAGCGUUGGAAUUCACACACAAGACAAAUACAAGAUUCUCCUUCCACAAAGAGAACUUCUAAAGACAAUGAAGCAAUUCUACCCACAAUGCUGAUAGAGUAUAAACGAUGGCCAAGAAAUUAAUGAAAAUUGUGGAGAGUUAGUGUGUCAUAUUUGUGUGUUUGAGGAUUGAAUUUUGGUUUUUCUUUUUGUGAUGAUUAUGUGAAAUGUAUGUUUUAUGCGCUUUU